UCAACCUCCCCGAUGUCACCAUCCUUGUGGAAAAGUCUGCUGACAUUUUGGCUCUGCUGCUUCAUGGAACAUGCUUUAGCAGAGCAGCUGAGCAACGACUUGAUUCCACGGUUGAAGAGAGAGAGAGAGAGAGAGAGAGAGAGAGAGAGAGACCAUGGCGGAGGUUGUUCUUGCCUCGAGCAUCGUCAAAGAGGUGCUGGCCAAGAUCGGCUCCUCGAUUUGGGCCGAGCUCGCGCUCCUGAGGAGCUUCAGGGGCGACCUGAGGGUCAUGGAGCGCGACCUCGCCGCCGUCCGGGACGUCCUCUUCGACGCCGAGGCGCGCGGCGGCGACGGCGCCGGCGCCGUCCGCGACUGGCUCCGCAAGCUCAGGGAUGUCGCCCACGACAUCGACGACCUCCUCGACGAGUGCCGCACCGACCUGUGCGCCGCCCGCCGGAGCGAGAACACGCUGUGCGGCUCCGCCACCAACCUCUGCUUCCUCCGCUCCUUCGCCAUGGCGCGCAGGCUGAGGUCCCUGAGGCGCGAGCUGGACGCCGUCGCCGCCGGGAGGGACAGGCUGCGCCUAAACCCCAACGUCUACCCACCGGCCCACCCGCCUGCUCCUCCCAGGCGCGAGACGAUCUCCAUGGUGGACGAGUCCAAGACGGUCGGGAGGGCCGCGGACAAGGAGAAGCUCAUGAGGCUGGUCCUCGACGCGGCGAGCGAUGAGGACGUGUCCGUGAUCCCCAUCGUCGGCCUCGGCGGCCUCGGCAAGACGACGCUCGCGCAGCUGGUGUUCAACGACCGGCGGGCCAACGACGAGGUGUUCGACCUCCGGAUCUGGGUCUCCAUGUCCGUCGAUUCCAGCAUCCGGACGCUGGUCCAGCCAAUCGUGAGUGCGACCAAGGAGAAGUUCGACAUUGCCAACCUCGAGGCCGUCGCCAGCUUCCUGUCAAGAACCUUUACGGGGAAGAAAUACCUGCUGGUUCUUGACGACGUGUGGAGCGAGAACCAUGAGGAGUGGGAGAAGCUGCGUCUUCUCCUCAAGGACGGCAAGCGUGGCAGCAAAAUCAUCGUGACCACGCGGAGCAAGAGGGUGGGAAUGACGGUGCGCACGGUGCCACCGUUCGUGCUUAACGGCCUCUCCGACGACGACUGCUGGGAGCUGUUCAGGUGCAAGGUUUUUGAGGAAGGGGAGGAGGAUCUGCAUCCCAAGUUGGUCAGGGUAGGCAAGGAAAUUGUCCGGAAAUGCGGUGGCGUGCCACUGGCAGCGAAGGCCCUUGGGAGCAUGCUGAGGUUCAAUAAGAGUGAGCAAUCAUGGGUGGCUGUCAAUGAUAGUGAGAUAUGGCAAAUGGAGAGGGAAGAUACGAUCUUACCGUCUCUCAAACUUAGCUAUGACCAAAUGGCACCUGGUUUGAAGCAGUGCUUUGCUUAUUGUUCGGUAUUUCCAAGGAAUUAUGAGAUUGACAAGGAUAAGCUUAUUCAGCAAUGGGUUGCUCUUGGGUUUAUUGAACCUGCAAAGUAUGCCUGCCAAUCAGUUUUUGAUAGAGCGAAUGACUGUUUUGAGCACUUGUUGUGGAUGUCAUUCCUCCAAGAAGUAGAGGAGCUUGAUUUAUCAAAGAAGGAACUAGAGGAAGAUGGCAAUGUUAAGUACAAGAUUCAUCAUUUGGUGCAUGACCUUGCACAGUCUGUUGCAGGGAAUGAAGUUCAGACAAUCAAUUCUAAGCACGUUGAUGGUCUUACUGAAGGAUGCCGCUAUGUGUCACUGUCUGAUGACAUAAGGGUGCCUGAAGCUCUCCAGAGCGUGUUCCGCAAAGUACGUGCCUUACAUUCGUGGGGAUGUAAUCUUGACGUCAAGUUGGUUCUUCAUGCCAGGUGCUUGCGAGUACUAAAUUUGCGAGGCAGUCCAAUUAUUGAGUUGCCCCAGUCGGUUGGUAAACUGAAACACUUGAGGUACUUGGAUAUUUCUUCAUCCCCUAUCAAAACCCUGCCCAAUUCUAUCAGCAGCCUCCACAAUUUGCAUACUCUCCAUUUAUCCAAUUGCAGCAACCUUCGUAUUCUUCCUGUGUCAAUAUGUAGCCUUCAAAAUCUAGAGACCUUGAAUCUUUCAGCUUGUAGCCUACAUAACUUACCAGAUUCGAUUGGGCAUCUCCAAAACCUGCAAAAUCUGAAUGUGUCAUUUAGCAAUUUUCUCGAGACAUUACCAAACUCCAUUGGUAAACUCCAAAGCUUGCAGACCUUGAAUUUUAAAGGUUGUGGUAAACUCGAAAGUCUUCCUGAUGCUAUAUGCAGCCUCCAAAAUUUGCAAUUUUUGAACCUUUCGCAAUGUGGUAUUCUCAAAGCAUUGCCCAAAAAUAUUGGUAACCUCUCAAAUUUGUUGCACCUGAAUUUAUCACAAUGCAAUGAUCUCAAGUCAAUCCCAGACUCAGUAUGCCGCAUAACGAAACUACAUACUCUGAAUAUGUCUCAUUGUAGUAGUCUAUCAGAAAUACCAGUAUCUAUUGGUGGCCUUAAAGAACUUCAAUUCCUCAUUUUGUCACAUCAUUCAAGCAGUUUAGCACUGCCCAUAUCAACUGGCCAUCUACCAAACUUGCAGACUUUGGAUCUCUCAUGGAAUAUUGGUCUGGAGGAAUUGCCUGAAUCAAUUGGCAAUCUUCAUAAUCUGAAGUUCCUGAUCUUGUUCCAGUGCUGGAGUCUUCUCAGGCUGCCUGACUCUAUAUCCAACCUUGUGAUGCUGGAGAGCUUGAACCUUAUUGGAUGUGAAGAGCUGACUAAGUUACCUGAUGGUAUAAUAAGCAUCAAGAAUUUAAAGCACCUGAGAAAUAACCAGUGCCAAACUUUGGAGAGAUUGCCCCAUGGAUUUGGGCAAUGGACAAAACUUGAAACAUUGUCCUUACUUAUUAUAGGUGACAAACAUAGCAGUAUUGCAGAGCUAGAAGACCUCAAUCUGUUAACUGGUGAGCUGAGGAUUGAAUGCUGGUCAAACAAGAAGGAUCUUACGACCGAUGCCAAGAGUGCAAACUUAAAGAACAAGAGAAAACUAAGCAGCUUGACCUUGUCAUGGACCAGUUCAUGUUCCUGUGAUGAUCCGACAGGUGUUGAAACAUUUCUCGAAGUUCUCGUGCCGCCUGAAAACCUUGAAGUCCUUGAGAUAGAUGGUUACAUGGGCACUAAAUUUCCCACUUGGAUGAUGAAGGGCAUGGAGUUGUUGCUUCCAAAUCUAGUAUCCCUCAGUUUAAGCAACAUCCAUAACUGUAGCUGCCUUCCACCCCUUGGCCAUUUUCCUUAUCUCCAGUCUCUUCAGCUCCGCCAUAUUACCGGUGUUUGUAAUAUGGACUCUGAAAUACCUGUGAAAAGAAACAAAAGUACUAUAUAUCAAUCAUUGAAGGAGCUCCACUUCGAUGGCAUGCCCAACCUGGAGAUUUGGCCAACUUCAUCAGCAAUGGAUCACAAGAAUAAUCAACCAGAACUAUUCAUGUUUCCAGUUCUGAAAACUGUCACUGUAACAGAAUGUCCAAAGCUGAGGCCAACACCGUGCCUGCCAGAUGCUAUAGCAGAUUUGUCAGUGUCCAGCAGUAGCGAGAUGUUAUCAGUCAGGGGGAUCUUCGGACCAUCAUCUUCAAUAUCCACGUCACUUUUAAGGAGAUUGUGGGUUAAAAAUUGUCACGUUUUUUCAAAUGAAUGGAAAUUGUUGCAGUACAGACCGAAACUCGAGGACCUGGUGAUCGAGUACUGUGAGACGCUACAUGUUCUGCCAGAUGCCAUCCGCUCUGUCGCUACCCUUCGGAGCUUGAGGAUUCUGAAUUGCACUGAACUGGAGGCCCUCCCAGAAUGGCUAGGGGAGAUGUUAACGCUUGAAUCUCUGGAGAUAAGCUGCUGUCCGAAGCUAGUCUCAGUGCCGAAAGGUUUGCAAUGCUUGACUGCACUGGAGGAGCUGAUCAUCACUGGCUGCAGCUCUGUUCUGAAUGAGAGGUGCAGAACAGAUACAGGCCAGGAUUGGUUCAAGAUAUGCCAUAUUCCAAGUGUCCUCGUCUCAUAAAGGUGGCUGGAGCUGAUUGUUCGUCCAUAAACUUACGACGUCCGAAGCAACUCCACCAUGAAGGACAGGCUUGAAGAUUGAUGGUACAGACUACAGUUUGCGCACUGUUGUGCCUAUUCAGAUAUGAAUAUCUCGACGUAAUGCAGAGGCUGAGGAUCAACUCUGGUAUAUUUGUAUCAGUUUGAUAUAACGCUACAGUUCAUAAUGCUACCUCUAGGUUUGUCAUGCGCCCUGAAGUUGUGUAGAUCUCUCUGAACUCAUCCAGUGGCGACAGUGAACGUUUCUUUUCCGCUUUUUAGUAGUUACGUGCUGAGAAUUGA